CCGCUUCGGCUUGCAGGGAACUGGAGGGAAAUUGACCCUCAAUCCUCGGAGGGCAACCCCAAAGGCCAAAAAAAAUGGCUGUCCGCCCGGCGUUCGACAGGAUCACGAGCCAACAGGCAGAUGUGCACAUGGAUGCCGCGGUGGGGCAGGCAGUGAGUGAAGCAGUUGUUACCCAGGCCUUCAAAUCUGCUGUGCAGGAGUGCAAGUUCUGCGUCACUGUGGCCAAUCCUCAAAGUGAGGAUUCUCCGCUGAUCGCUGUGUCAGAGGAGUUCGAGACGAUGACCGGCUUUAGCCGCCACGAGAUCCUUGGUGUCAACUGCCGAUUCCUAAACCAAGGAGUGGACAUGAAUCCACAGGACCUGGUGCACCUGCGCGAAGCCAGUGCCACCGGAGCACCUUUCACUGCGAUCUUUCCGAACCGAAAGAGAUCUGGUGAGCUCUUCCUGAAUUUGCUGGAUGUGCGCGGUCUGACAGUUGCAAGAAACAAGAAAACCGGGGAAGAUCUGUGGUACCUCAUCGGGAUCCAGGCGGAUGUCUCGGAGCUCGGCGAAGAGCAAGUCCCCGAUGACCACUUUGCGGAGCUUCAGAUGAUGUCCGAUUUCAUCAGGGACAGAAUCAUCACAGAGUUGUCAGAGUAUGCAUUGAGCACGGACAUUGGCACCUCAUCUAGCUUCGACCUCCUCCCAACCCCUGAGUGGAGGCCAGGCGCCCGCCUCGGGAGUCGGCAGUUGAGUGCAGCCGCUCCCGUCUUGAGACCCGCCAGCAAGCCCCGAUCCAGAGGCUCCCAAGGCACCAUGGGACUCCAACAGCGGAUGCUUGGGCUUAGCGCGGCAGUGGCCAUCGGCGCCUUUGGAGUCGCCAGUCUGUUUUUUCUUUUAAGGCGGAGACUGAGAUCCUGAUGAAUCAGACCCAGCGAACUUGCUGCACGGAG